CGGCAGCUGUCCACCAACCGGAUGUCCUGAUUUUUGCAUUCCUGCUGGAACAGGAGCCACGUGUUUGGUUCCGCUCUGUGUUUUGCUGUUCUACUAGGGGGCGAAUUGUCAAGUGGGCGCUUAUUGUUAGUCCUGACUGACACCUAGUGGUAUAAAUUGCAGAGAUUAUUUUAUAAACAGCCGGGUUUAGCCUUUCCUGUCCUUUGCAUGGCAGUGGGCCAAUAAGGGGUUAAUCCCCCGCCGGAAGGCGGCACAGGAAGUACAAUAAAAGUCCAUCCGGGUCCCCCCGCGCCCAUCUCAAUUUUCCUGUCGAAGAUACCCCCCAUACCAGAGGUGCUACUCUCUCCCUCUGAAGCGCCUGGGACCGAGGUUCUUACCUUGUGUGUGUUCCAGGGGAAGCCGGCGGGCUUCUGGCCUUUGUUGCCGAUGGCGCAAUCAGCCGCAAUGCUGCCUUAACGGAGGUAGCGCAUGCGCGAUAAGACGCCAGCGCCCAUCUCUCUAAUGGCGCCUACGUUUUCACGCUGCGAAUUUACGCACGCGCCUUUUCGCGCCGGUUUAAAAGGACGAGCGCAUCACAGGUUAGUUCCUCUUAUGAUUUCAAACGAACUGGCUGGUGUUCUUUUCUGGCAAGACAAGACUGAGGAAUCUGUGUGCACCUGUAUUCUCGAUUGAUCCCAGGUACUGUCAAUUAUGAGCUGCAGACGCUCAGGCUCCAGGGGGAGUCCCCCAUUAAGAGAGGAAUCUCAAAGAAGGAAGACUCCCAGAACUGAUUGUAUUGCAUGCGGAGAAGCAGCAAUUCUAGGCAAAAGGCUCUGUGAGAAGUGUCUGCAGGAAGUGGCUGGGCCCUCCUCUGAUCAACUGCACUCUAUUAAAGACUGGAUGCAGACUACCAUAAAAAAAUCUAUGAGUGAUAUGGUCAAUGUAGUUACUGAGAAAGUACUACACAAUCUAGAUGAAAGACACAAGGCACCCUCCUCUAUGACUGAGGUCAGUGACAGACCUCACAGGAACACGCACUACUCCAGUGUUUCUGAAGGGGAGCUAUCUUUAACCGAUCAAGAAGAAGAAGAACAGUCUGAAGAUACCUGUUCUUUCAACCUUGAAUACCUAGAGCCACUCAUCAAAGCAAUGAGAUUUUCUCUGGAACUUGACAAUACUGAGGAUACUCCUAAACAUGACAAAAUGUUCAGAUCAGCGGUCAAAAAAGGAGAAAAAUUCCCGGUACACAGAGUCAUUAAAGAAACCAUUUUAGAGGAAUGGAAGACGCCAGAUAAAAAACUUAAUUUCUCCAGAAGACUUAAAAAGAUGUAUCCAUUCGAAGAAGAGGACUCAAAACUCUGGCAAGCCUCCCCUAAGGUGGAUGCGGCCAUCACUAGAGUGGCUCGACGUACUACCUUGCCUGUGGACGAAGGAGUCUCGCUAAAAGAUGCGAUGGAAAGAAGACAAGACAUGACACUCAAAAAAUCGUAUCUAACAUGUGGAAUGUCCAACCAAGCCUCCAUAGCCAUUACCACUCUGGCCAGAGCCAACCACAUUUGGAUAGAAGAACUGGAACAAGCUGUCAAAGCGGGAACAGACAGAAAAAAGCUUAUUGAAAUGAUCCAAGAUGUCAAAACCGCAAACGAAUUCACUACGGAAGCAUCCAUGGAUCUUGUCAGACUCUCGGCCAAAGCUAUGGGCCUUAGUGUGGCGGCCCGUAGAGCUCUCUGGCUGCGCCACUGGCAUGCUGACCCGCAAAGUAAACAUAACCUUUGCUCCCUCCCAUUUGAAGGGUCACUUCUGUUUGGUGAAAGACUCGACAAAAUCAUAUCCAAAGCCUCUGCAGGUAAAUCGGCUUUUCUUCCUCAGGACAAAAGAGACAAGAGGCCCUUUAGAAAAAAUCCCCUGCAGGAGGCCAAACAGUAUAGACCGGGAAAGCCCUUUACUAGGCAACCCUGGAGAAGAACCCAGGGACAAGGGGCACCUGGAAGAAGGGACUUCAAACAGGACAAAAAAUCGGCAUGAGGGUGCGCGAGCCCCUCUGUCUUGCCUUGGAGGAAGACUUCAGAAUUUCAGGACAGUGUGGGCUCAACACGUAUCAGAUCAAUGGGUUGUAAAAACCCUAAGCAAUGGUUAUGCCCUGGAUCUUCAAAAAUUUCCGACGUUUUACUUUGUGUCUUCAGAAAAGCCUCGAUCCCCACUAGCUGUUUCUACCCUAAAGAUGAUCCUUGGGGACCUACUAGACAGAAAGAUCAUCACAGAAGUCCCCAAAAGAGAACAUUACAGAGGUAUAUAUUCUCACCUAUUCUUAAGAAGAAAAAAGAAUGGGGAUUUCAGAGUAAUUCUGAACUUAGGCCAUCUGAACAAAUUCCUCAGAACAAAAAAAUUCAAAAUGGAGACACUGAGGUCUAUAUGCCAGUUCAUAAACCAUGGAGACUGGAUGCUCAAGAUAGAUAUACAAGAUGCCUAUCUGCAUGUUCCAGUGUGGGAACCACACAAACAAUUCCUACGGUUCCUGAUCCUGGGAAAGCACUUUCAAUACCAAGCGCUCCCAUUCGGACUAGCUUCAGCCCCAAGAGUUUUCACCAAGGUGCUUGCUCCCAUGAUGGCUUUCUUAAGGCUAAAGGGGAUCCAGAUUUUCGCAUAUCUAGACGAUAUAUUGGUGAAAGCUCCUUCCAAAAAACUCCUCCUACAACACCUGAGUAUAGUUCUAGAUACUCUGAAAAAAUGGGGGUGGCUCGUCAACUGGGAAAAGUCCAUGUUGGAGCCAACACAACAGAUUCAAUUUCUGGGAGUUAUCAUAGACUCCAAAAAACUUCAAGUAAGUCUAACAGAGGAAAGGAUUUCAGACAUACAACACCAAGCAGAUUAUCUGUCUCGUCAUCCAUCCUUGACUGCCAAGAGAUGUCAACAAAUUCUGGGGAAACUUAUGUCCACCAUAGAGGCGGUGAAAUGGGCACGAAUUCAAGCAAGACCUCUCCAGAUAGAAUUCUUGAACCAAUGGAACAGGAAUCACCUGGAAAACUCCCAGUUGAUUCACCUAUCACAGACGACGAUCACUCAUCUCUCAUGGUGGCUCAGGAGAGAGAACUUGCAAGUUCCUGUAUCUAUCGCCUCCCCUACUUGGGAAACACUGACCACGGAUGCAAGCAGAGCGGGGUGGGGAGCACACUUCAAACACUUCCAAAUUCAAGGGAAGUGGACACCCAUAGAAAGCAAAAAAUCCUCCAAUUGGAGGGAACUGAAGGCGGUGCUACUAGCGAUCCUACACUUCCAAAAACACCUCAGAAAAAAAUCUAUACUGAUCAAAUCAGACAACCUAACCACAGUGAGUUAUAUAAACAACCAGGGAGGAACCAGAUCCAAACAACUGUUGUGCUUGACCACAACUAUUUUCGAAUGGGCUCAAAACAAUGCGAACCACCUCAAAGCCUCCUACAUACCAGGGACAUCGAACACCUUAGCGGAUCUCCUCAGCAGGAAAUUUCCGGCUAUCGGGGAGUGGGAGUUGAACCAGCAGAUUUACGACCUAAUAUGCCGAAAGUGGGGUCACACAUCCAUAGACCUGAUGGCUACCUUUCAGAACAAGAAGAAUCUAGUGUUCUGUUCGUGGGACAAGGACCCCAGAGCGACCUUUUGGGAUGCUUUCUCAUUCCAAUGGAACUUUCAACUGGCUUACAUCUUCCCUCCAAUCUCGAUGUUAGCAAAAACCAUCAAAAAAAUUCAGGAGGACAAAGCUCAAGUCAUCCUCAUAGCUCCCUGGUGGCCGAGAAGACUCUGGUUCCCCCUCUUACUUCAGAUGUCUCAGGAGGAGCCCUUCAGACUCCCUGUAACUCCGAACCUUUUACACCAGGGAUCCCUACUGCACCCAGACCCAGGGUACUGGGCCCUGACUGCUUGGAGAUUGAAAGGAUAAAACUCAGAAAGGAAGGACUCUCAGAGGGAGCAAUCAACACUCUUAUUUCUUCUAGAAAGAUGUCUACCUCUUCCAAAUAUAACAAAAUCUGGGAGAAAUUUUCCAGCUGGGGGUUAGAGAAAUUUGGAUCGUCUUUCCUCAUCUCAGAGGUCACCAUCAUCGAAUUCCUGCAGUCAGGUUUAGAGGCCAGUCUCAGCGCUUCUACCUUGAAAGGUCAGAUUUCUGCCAUAUCUGCUUAUACGGACAUUCAAUGGUCCUCAUAUCCUCUGAUCAAAAAGUUUUUCAAGGGCCUCAUCAGAAUCCAUCCUCCAGUUAAAGACACAGUCCCUCCCUGGGACCUCUCCCUAGUACUGGAUGCACUGACCAAAGCACCCUUUGAACCUUUAGAUGAUUUACCAUUAAAAAUCCUGACGUUGAAGACGGUCUUCCUACUUGCCAUUUCCUCAGCAAAAAGAGUGGGAGAACUACACGCUCUCUCAUCUGAUGCAACUAAGAUCCAGUUCCUUCAUGAUAAAGUUACUCUAAGAACUCGAGAAAACUUCAUUCCCAAGGUUGCCACAAAAUUCCACAUGUCCCAAGACAUAGUGCUUCCUACUUUUUUUGAGAAUCCCAAGAACGAAGAAGAGAAUAGACUCCACAAUCUCGAUGUGGUGAGAUGCCUAAAGCGCUAUAUACACAAGGUGUCAAGUUUCAGGAAAUCUGAAAAUCUUCUUAUUCUCUUCGGAGGUCCUAGACAAGGCAUGGGAGCUUCCAAAAAAGUAAUCUCAGCAUGGAUUAAAGAAUGCAUUCUCAUGGCCUAUUCCUCUCAAACAGUACCUGGGCCAUCAUCAGUCAAAGCACACUCCACCAGAGGUAUAGCGGCGUCUUGGGCCUUCCAUGCCCAAGUUCCAGCUGACGAGAUCUGCAAAGCUGCUACCUGGAAAAAUUUACAUACUUUCUCAAAACACUACUGUUUCGAUGUUUAUUCAAAAAACCUAGCUGGGUUUGGGCUAAGUGUCCUCUCAGCUGCUGCAAUAAAAGUUCCUGAAUAAUCCCUCCCUAUGUGUUCUGCUUUUUACAUCCCCUUAUUGGCCCACUGCCAUGCAAAGGACAGGAAAACAGAAAAUCUUAACAUACUUACCGUGAUUUUCAUUUCCUGGACUGUAGCAUGGCAGUGGGCAGGGGUUUCCCUCCCUAUUAGGGGGUAUUGUCUCCAGUCGUUGAGAUGGGCGCGGGGGGACCCGGAUGGACUUUUAUUGUACUUCCUGUGCCGCCUUCCGGCGGGGGAUUAACCCCUUAUUGGCCCACUGCCAUGCUACAGUCCAGGAAAUGAAAAUCACGGUAAGUAUGUUAAGAUUUUCUGUUUUGUGGCCCUAGUAGGUGGCACAAUAUACAAGGCCCCUUUCCCUGGCUGUAAUGUUUUAGUUGGAUUUUCUUUGAGAAGGUAAGUUGUUUAGUGAAUAUUGGCCACAUACCUCCCAACUGUCCCUUUUUCGAAGGGACAGUCCCUCUUUUGACAGCUCAACCCGCAGUCCCUCAUUUGUACUGGAAAG